AUGGAGGCUUGUGGUCAUGCUGAUGCUUUCGGUCCUGUUGUGAUUGUGUUAAAAGCACUUGGCCAGAGGAGCAGCCCCCGCCCCCACCCCGCGGCCUCCGAGGGACAGGGGCAAGCCUGCACAGGACGGCUGAGCCACCUCUCCUUCCGCCCAGGGCUGGCCCCUGUCCGCCGACCUCCGCCCCAAGGGGAGGGGAGGGGAGGGGCUGACGGACAGCGUCUUUAUGCCUAUGGGGGGGGGCGGGGCGGGGCGGACCGGGCCCUCGCGGGCUUUAUGCAGACACCGGAGUUCCGACAGCGGAACGGUGGGAAGCAGGCCUCGGAGCCGGAGCAGGGCUGUGACUGGGCUUUAUGCGGGGAGAUGGCGCUGUGCGCCUCCACCAGGUCGUUCUUAAGCGCUUCUUGUUUAGAAGCCAACAAUGCCUUUGACCAGUACCGAGACCUGUAUUUUGAAGGUGGUGUCUCAUCUGUCUACCUCUGGGAUCUGGGUCAUGGCUUUGCGGGAGUGAUCCUCAUAAAGAAGGCUGGAGGUGGAUCAAAGAAGAUCAAAGGCUGCUGGGAGUCCAUCCACGUGGUGGAAGUGCAGGAGAAGUCCAGUGGCCGCACCGCCCACUACAAGCUGACUUCCACGGUGAUGCUGUGGCUGCAGACCAACAAAUCCGGCUCGGGUACCAUGAACCUCGGAGGCAGCCUUACCAGACAGAUGGAGAAAGAUGAGACUGUGAGUGACUGCUCCCCACACAUAGCCAACAUCGGGCGCCUGGUAGAGGACAUGGAAAAUAAAAUCCGAAGUAUGCUGAAUGAGAUCUACUUUGGGAAAACGAAGGACAUCGUCAACGGGCUUAGGUCUGUGCAGACUUUUGCAGACAAAUCUAAACAAGAAGCGCUUAAGAACGACCUGGUAAUUAUGUAUUAAAUCAUAGU